AUGGCCAACCCAACAUCCCGCUUCCUGGCCCUGCCCGCGGAGGUGCGGUAUAGGAUCUACCGCUUAGUGAGUGAUCCGCAGGUCAUCGUCAGUAACAACGACACGAAAAUCCAGAUAACACCAACCGGCCACCCACGCCCACCUCUCGUCAACACCUGCAAACAAAUCCGAUCCGAAAGCCUCCAGAUGUUCUACCACGAGAACAAAUUCAGCAUCGACAACUCGAACGUCCUGCUGAAGUGGUACAUCACGAUAGCAGCUAUGGGUUUGACGGGGUUCAAGCGCAUGCGACGCCGAAUAUGGGUCUAG